AUGCAUCGAAAAGAAUUUGAUAUUACUGCCAGGGAGCCACUGGUAAUCACGCCAAAUAACUUGAAAUGGAAUGCCACCAAUGAGUUGCUCAUUACGGCUCGCGGUGCGACCAAUACGCUUGUUGAUAUUGGCGUGGAAAUUCGUGCGGAGCAUCCUGCCGCUGUAGUUUUCCGGCAAACGCUGCAGGCUCGAUCGACAAACCGUCCGAAGUUCUUCGUACCAGGUGGAGAAGCGCGCUCCAGUGUCUAUCGAGUGCUAGUUCGAACUCAGGACGACGUUAUUCCGUUUGAAAAGCUGAUUCCUGGAGCGCCAGACUUAAAGACGCUUUUCUUACAAACUGAUAAAAGCGUCUAUAAACCUAUGGAUACAGACCCGACAGAGGGUGAUUUGGGCAAAAAUUCAUGGUUUACAGAGUCCAGAAUUUUGAUCUUCGUUGUUUUUCAGAAUCCAGAUGGAUUUGAGCUUGUCCGUAAGACAGUUGCAUAUCCUGGUAAUCGAUUCUAUGCUGUUGAAUUUCUUUUACCGGAGCACUUGAAUUUCGGAGAAUGGCAAAUUGUUGCUGCUGUGAAGCAUCAUAAGCAAACUGCCAAACGGCAUACCUACUCGGUUACGUUUAAUGUACAAAAUUACGAAUUGCCGAUAUUUCGUGUUCAUGUGUUAGCCAAAGAAACAGGUUAUGCGGACUUAUAUGAACUGGAUGUUAUUGCAAGGCAAGUUCCACGCUUUUUUUGUUAUCUUAAUCAGUGUAAUCGCGGUAUGUUGUUACUGUGA